UUAAGAGGACAAGGUUUUAUCUCUAAAAUAAAUUCAGCAUGUAGAAUGCCCUUAAUAUAUUUUCAGGAUACAGUUAAACUGAGAUGACUUUCUUCAUGGCUGAGGAUGGACUCCCUCCGGAAUUGGACCAGCAUUUACUUGAGUGUCCAAUCUGCUUGGAACGAUUUCAGGAGCCCAAGUCCUUACCCUGUCACCACUCUUUCUGUCAGGAUUGUCUUGGAACCUAUAUCACCAAGGAAUUGUCCGAGAAAAUUGCGUCGGCAACAUCCUUCCCUUGUCCGGUCUGUAGGAGGAUGACCUCGCCAGUCAAUCGAGCAGAAUCUAUGGACAAAUGGGCAGCACAGAUCCGAGAUAUCACCAUGUCUGAAGUAAUACAACAAAACAAGGAAAAAUCUGUUCCUCGAUGUGACACGCACGACAAAAAGUUGAGUUUGUUUUGUGAAAGCCACAGGCUUCUGGGAUGCAACAUAUGUAUAAUAAAAGAGCACAGGCUUUGUGAAAAAGUAAAAACAGCGACAGAAUAUUACAAUGAACUAAAAGCAGCAACGCGAUUUGCAGUCAUCCAAGUGGCAUUGAAAGAAGGGAAAAAAGCCAUGGAAUUAUUAAUCAAGGAAUUUGACGAACAGCUGAAAACUAUGGUAAAUAACCAAGAAACUGUUGUACAGAGCGUUGAAGAUACACGCGAAAGAGUCGAUAGACGCCUAGAUAAGCUUCAAAGGGCCCUCACAGACGAGUUGGCCAGGCUGUUUAAUGAAGAAAAGAGGAAUAUCGAGACCACAUCACGGCAGUGUGAACGUCUGAUGAAGAGUAUGCUUAAUACUAUGAAGUCGUCCAUUAAAGCUGUAAAAGAAAACGACAACAUUGAGACGAUAGUGCUGUAUCAGAGAGGACGGGCAGAAGUAGAGUCGUUUGAAGCCUUGUUCACAGAGAUAAGCAAGUCCUUCACGUCCGUCAGUAUGAAACAUGGAAUCGUUCCAGACCUCGUAGAUAACGCUUUUGGAAAGGUUGUUAUUGAGAAGCAAACUUAUUCUCUCAUGUUGGGACGUCGCGCGAAACGUUUUGAAAAAGUCUACAUACAGACGCCGUCGGAUUCAGUAGUUAGUAAUGCGCGUGGUGUGCUGUUUCUUCAGGAUGACCAAAUACUGAUAAGUGAGAGCAACAACAAAAAGAUGAAACUGUUUACUGACAACGGACAGUUCCUGGAUGAGUUGGUAGUGGAAGGAGAUCCCUGUGAUGUGUGUCUGGUGGACAACCACACAGUGGCUGCCUCUGUCUACAGUCCUGGUGGUGUACACAUCGUGAAAGUCGAGGACUCAAAACUUUUACUGUCGUCUGAGAUCAACAUGCCAAUUGGAAAACACUGCUAUGGCAUAACACACACAAACGGGACGUAGUAAUGGCGUAGUAAUAAAUGUGUAGUAAUAUUUCAAGCAACUUAAUCUAGGCGUUGUUCGACAAGGUGUGUUUUCACAGACGAAUAUCAAUGUUGAAGUUUUAAAUAACAUGAAAACUCCGCGAUAAAACAGACAUUUUAGAUAUAACAUAACUGUCAGCUUUUGGAUGUCACAUCUCACACACGCACGGACAUGACCAGCUGCAUUGAGCGUCGACUAAACGGCCGAACCUGCUGAUGAGUACAACACAAUUUUCAUUUGGUUGUGUGGCACUCACUUGUGUCAUAAGCUCUCCCGUGGACCACUUCAUUUCUCCACUUGCUGUUUUGUAUCCAUCAAUCCACCAGAAUAAGUCACCUUAAACAGAACAAGGAGUGUGUUACAUGUAUCAUUUAAUUCAAAGACAUCUAAGUACUUUGCUCGAGUUUUGGUCGUGACGCCAUAGAGAUAAACUAACUGUUAUUAAUUACUGUGAAAUCACUCAUUUUCGUGAGCCUUUUUUUUAAUUCCGUUUACGUCGUUUGUCAUCUUCAUUCAUAAAUUCAUAGGUCUAUAAGUAAUAACAAGUUUGGUACAAAUCGAUUAUCCGUUUGAGUGGGUACUCGUAAUCCAGGAAUUCUUGUACCAAAGAAAUGAUAGUUUUUGGGAAAACCAUGAAACUUUGCCCCACGAAAAUAUCUGAUAUUACAGUAUAAUGCACCGAUGAUAGAUAUAAUUACGCUAUUCAACGAUUGGUCCUUUGGCUUUAGAGAUCACGUCCCUUUUCUCAUUCGGCAGUAAUCUUUUAAAACAUCUGGAAGCAUCGGAGAUUUUGAAUGUAAUAUACCCUCCUACUACUUGCCCACUUACGCUACCUUACGCAUUUUUGAUAUAAGGGGUGAUGGGCAUUCCUUUGGUAACCACACUAAGGCUAGCUGACUUAUUGUUUUGUUCCAUAUCGUGUAGUAGUUUCUUUGA